AAAGAAAAGUUGGCAUUCUCUCUCAGUGACGUGUAUGGCAUUCUCACUCUAUACCUUCCUUCCCUUUUCUUCUUUCUUGUUCCAACCCCGAAAGCGAAAACAUUGAAAACCAAUCAAAGUUCCUUUUCUCACUCACCUUCUUCAUCUUCAAUUUCAUUCCAUUUUCAAUCUCUGAACUUCAUCUCCAUUCUCCACAACCACCAUGCAAGUUUCAUCCCCAUCAAUGAACUCAUGCUUCGGAAAUUUCACUCCCAACUUUUCCCGGCAAUUCCAAUCAGAACCAUGCUCAACCGCCACCACCGUGGUGGCAACCACCUCCUACCCACUUCGCGCAAAGCUGCUAUUCUCACGCGCCGGUCCAUCAUCACGCUGUAAACUCAACAACUCCCUCUCGUCUCUACCUUCUCAGAGAAAAGCCUGCUCCUUUACCUCGCCGGCGUUAUCGCCGGCAAACAGCAGAAAGACGAGGAAGCGAAGAGCGUUCACCGUCUCUGCGGUUUUCGAGCGGUUCACGGAGAGAGCGAUAAAGGCUAUAGUGUUUUCCCAAAGGGAAGCUAAAGCUCUUGGGAGUGAACUGGUUUACGCUCAGCAUCUGUUGUUGGGUCUUGUAGCUGAAGAGGAUCGUUCUUCUGAUGGGUUUCUUGCGUCUGGUGUUACUAUUGAGAAGGCUCGUGAUGCUGUCAGAAGCAUUUGGCAUCGGAAUGGUUCAAACCCUGCUCCCCCACGUGGUGUUGGUGAUGGUGAUGAUAAGGGAGGUUCUGUUUAUGCUACAAAUCUUCCAUUUUCGGUUGGGGCGAAGCGGGUGUUUGAGGCUGCGGUUGAGUAUUCGAAGUCUUUGGGGCAUAAAUUCGUUGCUCCUGAGCAUAUUGCAGUUGCUUUGGUCAAAGUUGAUGAUGGAAGUACUAGUAGGGUACUUUACAGACUAGGGACAAAUGCAAACCACUUGGCAGCUGUGGCGUUCUCCAGGCUGCAAAAGGAGCUUGCUAAAGAUGGUAGAGAACCAAAAAUGUUGUCCAAAGGGGCUAAUUCUAUUUCAGGAAAAGAUUCUAAUGCAGGAUCCUCCUCCACAACAGCAGAUAAGAGUCCUCUAUCACAAUUCUGUGUGGAUCUUACUGCCCGCGCGAGUGAAGGAAGAAUUGAUCCAGUUAUUGGCCGAGAAGUUGAAGUUCAGAGAAUUAUUCAAAUACUAUGCCGAAAAACCAAAAGUAAUCCCAUUCUUCUUGGUGACGCUGGCGUUGGGAAAACAGCUAUUGCUGAGGGACUGGCAAUCCGUAUUGCUAAGGCUGAUGUUGCUCCUUUUUUAUUGACAAAGCGUGUCAUGUCCUUGGACGUAGCACAAUUAAUGGCUGGGGCAAAAGAGAGAGGAGAGCUAGAGGAACGUGUUACAAAAUUACUCAAAGAGAUAAUAAAGUCAGGUGAUGUCAUUCUUUUCAUUGAUGAAGUCCAUACACUUGUUCAAUCAGGGACCGUUGGGAAAGGAAAUAAGGGAUCUGGUCUGGACAUUGCUAAUUUACUUAAACCUGCACUUGGAAGAGGUCAACUUCAGUGUAUUGCGUCUACCACAAUAGAUGAAUACAGGAUUCAUUUUGAAAAGGAUAAGGCUUUGGCACGGAGGUUUCAGCCUGUCUGGGUUGAUGAGCCGAGUGAGGAUGAUGCAGUUAAGAUACUUAUGGGUCUGCGUGAGAAAUAUGAGGCUUACCACAAAUGCAGAUAUACAGAAGAUGCCAUAGAAGCUGCGGUACAUUUAUCAGCAAGAUACAUAGUUGAUAGAUAUCUACCUGAUAAAGCUAUUGACCUCAUAGAUGAAGCAGGAAGCAGGGCUCGUAUUGUAGCUUUUAGGACGAAAAAAGAAAAAGAAACUUGCAUACUCUCCAAGUUCCCAGCUGAUUACUGGCAAGAAAUUAGAACUGUUCAGUCCAUGCAUGAAAUGGAGACCAAGCUUAAAUACUAUGGCGCAUCUAGCAUUGAUGAUACGAGUGAACUCAUACUUGACUCGUAUUUACCUAAUGCAGCAAAUGAUAAUGAACCAAUAGAAGUUGGGACAGAUGAUAUUGCAGCUGUUGCUUCCCUCUGGUCAGGAAUUCCUGUUCAGCAGCUCACUGCUGAUGAAAGAAUUCUUCUGUUAGAUCUUGAUAAUCAACUUCGGAAACGCGUGAUUGGACAAGAGGAGGCUGUUACUGCAAUUUCGAAAGCUGUGAAGAGAUCCCGGGUUGGCCUUAAGGAUCCCAGUAGACCCAUUGCUACGAUGCUAUUCUGUGGCCCAACUGGGGUUGGGAAAACAGAACUCGCAAAAUCCUUGGCGGCGUCUUACUUCGGAUCGGAAGCAGCCAUGGUUCGUUUAGACAUGAGUGAGUAUAUGGAACGGCAUACAGUGAGCAAAUUGAUAGGAUCUCCCCCAGGUUAUGUUGGUUAUGGAGAGGGGGGGAUUUUAACCGAAGCUAUUCGACGAAAACCAUUUACAGUGCUAUUGCUUGAUGAAAUAGAGAAGGCUCAUCCAGAUAUUUUCAACAUUCUUCUUCAGUUGAUAGAAGAUGGUCAACUUACUGAUUCUCAGGGUAGGAAAGUUUCAUUUAAAAAUGCAUUGGUGGUGAUGACUUCAAAUGUGGGGUCUAGUGCCAUUGCUAAGGGUCGACACAACUCCAUAGGUUUCUUGGUUCCAGAUGACAAAUCAACCUCAUAUAAUGGUUUGAAAUCGAUGGUAAUUGAAGAACUGAGGACAUAUUUUCGUCCAGAAUUGCUCAACAGGAUAGAUGAAAUUGUAGUCUUUCAAUCCCUUGAAAAGUCACAGUUGCUUGAGAUAUUGGAUGUUCUGCUGCAAGACGUAAAGAAAAGGAUAAUGUCCCUAGGAAUUGAUCUAGAAGUGUCUGAAUCAGUCAAGAACCUUGUAUGCAAGGAAGGGUAUAACCCAACAUAUGGUGCACGGCCUCUUAAGAGGGCCAUUACAUCACUAAUUGAAGAUCCAUUGAGUGAAGCAUUCCUCUGUGGAAAGUGCAAGCAAGGUGACACUGUCCUCAUUGAUUUGGAUGUUAAUGGUAACCUCCUUGUUACAAAUCAGCUUGAUCGAAUAGUCAACUUAUCUGACACAAGCCACCCCUGUAAUUAACAAUUGUAUAUAAGCAGUGUCCUGAAAAAUGUUUUGGCUCCUUUAGCAUAGCAUUUGAUUCUUUUAUAAUGGCUAUACCACAUUAUUGGAUAAAUAAUGUGACCACACACAUUGUUGUAAAACAGUGUAAAACACUGAAGGUGUAUUCAAAUUAAAUUAAAUUCAUUAAUAGAAAUAGUGAUACACAUACUUGUAAGUUGUAACUGAUAUUGUUAAAAAAAAAGUUGUAACUGAUACUGUCAUGAAAUUUAUCUUGACUUUUUGCUC